GGGAGCUCAGUAGGGAGGAGUACAGAGCAGAGGCUGCUUGUUACUGCUGCCGUUGUUUAAAGCAACAUUGUCAACAAAUCGGUCAAACUCUGGAGUGGAACAAAUAUUAAAAUACUUAUUCUAACGGAGGAAGUAAAAGCAAUAGCUAUGUACCUGAGAGGAGGCGCAGGGGUGCUUCUGCUGUCGUUGCUUGCAGCUUUGCAGAUACCCAUUGAAGGCAGUGGAUCCCAGUUGUGCAACACUGGAUUUUCAGAAGAUGUGUACAAUGCAGCAGUGUCUGGGAAUGUACUUGAAGGCCAGCCUCUUCUGAAUGUGAGAUUUGUAGGUUGUGGAAGGAAUGGACGACUUCGGUAUGAAACCAGUGACCCAUCACACUUUAGGAUUGGAGAUGAUGGAGUGGUUUAUGCUGUAAGAAAUGUCCACAUUUCUUCCAAGCAGACUACAUUUUCUGUGAAAGCACAGGAUACAGAAACCCAGGAGCAAUGGCAGGCAGCAGUGAGAUUGACAUCCAGGCUACCACACAGUGAAAAGAAUAAGAAAGGGAAGAAAGCCAGUGCCCCAGAGUUUCGCCAGCAGAUCCGGGAAAUUGUAUUUCCACAACACCACUUGGACCGCAGUGGUCAGUUGAAACGCAUGAAGAGAGAUUGGGUCAUCCCCCCAAUCAAUGUUGCAGAAAACUCCCGAGGCCCUUUUCCACUAGAGCUUGUCAGGAUCAGGUCAGAUCGGGACAAAAACCGUUCCUUGCGCUACAGCGUCACAGGACCUGGAGCAGACCAGCCUCCUACUGGGAUCUUCAUCAUUAAUCCAAUUUCAGGAGAACUGUCUGUGACUAAGCCUUUGGAUCGGGAGCAAAUACCUAACUUUCAUUUGCGAGCACAUGCAGUGGAUCUGAAUGGAAACCAGGUGGAAAAUCCCAUUGACAUUGUUAUCAAUGUGAUAGAUAUGAAUGACAACAGGCCUGAAUUCCUGCACCAAAUCUGGAAUGGAACUGUUCCCGAAGGGUCAAAGCCAGGAACUUAUGUUAUGACUGUCACUGCUAUUGACAAGGAUGACCCCAAUUCUCACAAUGGUAUUCUGAGAUACAAGAUCCUGUCCCAGAAUCCUGAAAGCCCUUCUUCAAACAUGUUUACUAUAAACAAUCAGACUGGAGAUAUUAUCACUGUAGCAGCAGGACUUGACAGAGAGAAAGUACCACAAUACACGUUAAUAAUUCAGGCGACUGAUAUGGAGGGAAACCCAACAUAUGGCCUCUCUAACACGGGAACUGCUGUUAUCAAAGUGACAGAUGUCAACGACAACCCUCCUGAGUUCACAGCUCAAACUUUCUAUGGAGAAGUGCCAGAAAACAGAGUGAAUGUUAUUGUUGCCAACUUAACUGUUACUGAUAAGGACCAGCCCAAUACACCUGCUUGGAAUGCAGUCUAUAGAAUAACAGGUGGUGAUUCAACAGGGAGAUUUGCCAUUCCGACUGACCCAAACAGUAAUGAAGGCAUGGUUACUGUUGUCAAGCCCAUUGACUAUGAGACCAGUCGGAUGUUUGUGCUAACUGUAGUUGCGGAAAAUCAAGUGCCUCUGGCCAGGGGCAUCAAUCUUCCUCCUCAGUCAACUGCGACUGUCUCCAUUACAGUUAUUGACAUGAAUGAGAGUCCCUAUUUUGAUCCGAACCCCAAGCUUAUCAAACAGGAAGAAGGCUUGCCAGCUGAAACACUGUUAACAAGCUUCACUGCCCAGGAUCCUGAUCGUUAUAUGCAGCAAACAAUGAGGUAUUCAAAACUGUCGGAUCCUGCAAAUUGGUUGAAAAUUGAUGCUGUUAGUGGACGGAUAUCUACAAUAGCACAUAAAGAAAUCGCGACAGUAGCAAUUCUCUCCAUAUUAUAUAAUUUCAUUUUGUUUUUAAACAUGUUUUAAUGUUUCCCCUCCUUAGGAGUUCCUCCUGCAAGCGGAACUGGGACACUGCAGAUUCUCCUGAUGGAUGUCAAUGACAAUGCUCCGCAUGUGUUUCCUGAAGAGGCAGAGAUUUGUAAAAAGCCUGAGCCCAAUGCCAUCAACAUUACAGCAAUUGACGGGGACAUUGACCCCAAUGCUGGCCCUUUUGCCUUUGAACUUUCUAAUAAGCCCUUAGAUGUAAAGAAGAACUGGACCAUUACCCGUCUGAGUGGCGAUUAUGCUCAACUAAGUCUCCAGAUUGGUUAUCUUGAAAGUGGAAUCUAUGAGCUCCCUAUAAUAAUCACAGACUCUGGCAAUCCGCCCAUGUCCCACACCUCUAUCCUUCGAAUAAAGGUGUGCCAGUGUGACCACAAUGGAGAUUGUGCUGACGUGGAACGGAUCAUUGCUGCUGGUCUCGGGACGGGAGCUAUCAUUGCCAUUCUGCUCUGCAUCAUUACCUUGCUCAUUCUUGUCCUUCUGUUUGUGGUUUGGAUGAAGCGACGUGACAAAGAACGCCAAGCCAAGCAGCUGCUGAUCGAUCCUGAGGAUGAUGUUCGUGACAACAUCCUGAAGUACGAUGAGGAGGGUGGUGGAGAAGAGGACCAGGAUUACGACCUGAGCCAGCUUCAACAGCCUGAUACAGCAGAGCCGGAUGCCAUCAAGCAUGUUGGAAUUAGACGUCUUGAUGAGAGACCAAUCCAUGCCGAGCCACAAUAUCCAGUAAGAUCAGCUGCUCCUCACCCUGGGGACAUUGGCGACUUCAUUAAUGAGGGACUCAAAGCAGCAGACAAUGACCCAACAGCUCCACCCUAUGACUCUCUGCUGGUGUUUGACUAUGAAGGCAGUGGAUCUACUGCAGGCUCUUUUAGUUCCCUGGCCUCUUCCAGUAGUGGAGGCGACCAGGACUAUGAUUACCUGAAUGACUGGGGACCUCGUUUUAAGAAACUUGCAGACAUGUAUGGUGGAAGUGAUGACUAAUGGAACCUUUUUUUAUGGGACCAGGACAGCUUCUUAAAACCGGUAUUCCCGAAGGCAGAACAAAAGGCUAGGCUUUAACUUCGUAGUCUACUAGCACAGAUGCUUGAUGAAGGCUUUGGCAUAGGCUACAAUCCAAUUCCAGCUCACAGGGAACAUCGGUAAACUGACACGGUUUGAAUCGUUGAUAUUAAGAACGCUCAGUUACACUUGAAUUUCACAGUACAGAAGCACUGGGAUGUUAUGUGCCUUUUUGUACAUUUUUGGAUCUGAUUUAAUUAGUUAUGUUCAAGGCUUUAUUGGUACUGACUUCUUGAGUGAUUACGAAAUUGAAGUAUGUUAAACUAUGGUAUGCUUCUACAUGCUUUUUGGUUAAACCAUACUGCUGUUAAAUACAAUUUAUUAAAAAAAAAAUAAAAAAAUUAAAAAUCAUAAGUACUUUAACUGAUGGAAAAGUUAGCUUGUCGGUGAAGUAAAACCUGAAAACAGCAAUGUACAGUGUGCUAGACUUUAGAUUUAGUUUUUAUUUUUAUUUUAUUUUUUUUUUACUAAAAAAAAAGAAACAAGUAUUCAGCUGGUUGCAAAUAAAGGGAUUGUCAUAAAUCAUAAUUUUGUAGCAAAUCAGUUUUCUGUUUUUCUGAAGUGGUAUAGUAUUUUACAAAAAUGUUUAUUUUGUUCUAAUCCAUGUACGCUUUGUUAUUUGCCUAGGUCAACCUCUGGUACUUUAAUUUGUACUUCACUGUUAAAAAAUAAAUAAAAAAAAUGCGUGUA